AUGCCUGGUCGUGUUGCUCGCAAAGCGCAACCCGCCAACGUGCUGACAGAAGAAGACAGCGGCAGCAUAAGCUUGCGACGCGCCAUCUGCACCAUCUUCGUCGACACGCAGAAGAGUACUGCCGGUCAUCGCAAGGCCGUCAUUAGCCUGCGCAAGAUCCAGGAAGCGUGCUGCUACGAGCCGGCCAACUACAAGACUGGAAGAGAAGGCGAAGACUUUGAUGAAGACGACUUCAACGCGGAGAUUGUACGAUGCGUUUUGCGUAUAGUCCCCGUUCGCAAAGCCGAGCCGGUGGGCGACCGAGUCGUCCGCUUUCUGGGCACCUUCCUCAACAUAGCCAGCAACAAGGACAGCGAGAUCGCGAAUCAUGCCGACCCGGACGCGUCAAGCGUGCCGGAGACGCCGACUAGUAGGCUUACAACCAGGAUAUUGGAGACGCUGUUACCGCUGCUCAGCGCGAAGGAGAAGACGAUUCGAUUCCGCGCGACGCAGAUUACGAGUCAUAUCAUCAAUAGUCUUGACACGAUAGACGACAAUCUUUUUCACAAGCUACGACUCGCCCUGCUCAAGCGGAUACACGACAAAGAGGCUCCGGUCAGGCUGCAAGCUGUGUACGGUCUGGGCCGCCUAGCCGCCGAAGUCGAGGAUGGCAACGAGCAAGACGAGUCCGACUCCGACGCAGAAGUCGGCGCGGGCGUGUUGGCAAAACUCCUCAAUACGCUUCAACACGACCCUUCGGCGGAAGUCAGGCGGAAUCUCUUACUCAAUCUCCCACUUUCGAAAGAAGUCCUGCCCUACUUACUCGAGCGGGCCCGAGACGCAGACGCCUCGACCAGACGCGCACUCUACGCUCGUCUACUUCCCGCGCUCGGCGACUUCCGCUAUCUCAGCCUCACGCACCGUGAGAAGCUUUUGCGCUGGGGUCUGCGCGAUCGUGAUGAGAAUGUCCGUAAAGCUACCGCUCGUUUGUUCCGUGAGAGAUGGAUCGAGGAUUGCGCUGCGAAGCCUGCUGAGGAGCUUGAGGAUGGUCCGCAGGAGGAGCAACCAAAGGUUAGCAACCAGGCUGCGGACCCGUCACUCGAUGCUCUCCUCGAACUGCUAGAGCGCAUCGACGUCGUCAACUCCGGUGGCGAAGGCGGUAUAGCUCAAAUCGCCAUGAAGGAGUUCUGGGAAGGUCGCCCAGAUUACGUCGAAUACGUCUCUUUCCCCGACACGUUCUGGGAAGAUCUAACCCCGGAACUGGCAUUCGUGGUGCGAAGUUUCAACGACUUUUGCCGCUCCUCCGGCAAAGAGGAUGGCUACGACGGUCCGCGCAUGCUGGAUGGUAUGCUCGCGGACAAGUUGCCGGAAGUGACGAUGUUUGGUUUCCUGCUUGAGCGCGAAAUCGCGAAGUUAUUGGAGACGGUGCAGGCGGCGGCGGAGGGCGAGGAUGGGGAUGCGGAGGAGAUGUGUGUGCAGCGCGAGUUUGUGGUGGAGCAGAUGCUGCAUAUGGCUUUGACGUUCGACUAUAGUGAUGAGGUUGGCCGGCGGAAGAUGUUCGCGCUCAUGAGGGAGGCGCUUGCGCAUGCCGAUUUGCCCGAAGAAGCGACGAGGUUGGUUGUUGAGGUUUUGAGGCUUGUUUGUGGUGUAGAUGCGAAGGGGGAGCGGGAGUUUUGUGGGGUGGUGGUUGAGGCUAUUGCGGAGGUGCAUGAUAUCUUGGGUGAGGAGGAAGAGGUCGCUGAGGACAGCACUAGCGUGGACGACUCGUUUCAUUCUGCGACCGAGCAUCAUAUCGAUGACGGUGCGGUGCAGGGGAAGAGGAGCAAGAAGAAGAGAACAGUGACUCGUGAAACGGCGGAGGCGGAUGAAGGGAAGGCGCUGAGGGAGAUUGUGGUCAAUAUGAAGUGCCUGCAUAUCGCUCUCUGCAUGCUGCAGAACGUGCAGUGCGAGCUUGAGGAGAACGCGUCCCUAGUGACCAUGCUCAACAACCUCGUCGUCCCCGCCGUGCGCAGCCAAGAAGCUCCGCUCCGUGAGCGCGGUCUCUGCUGUUUGGGCCUUUGCUGCUUGCUCGGGAAGAACCUCGCCGAAGAAAACCUGACGUUGUUCCUCCACUGUUUCGCCAAGGGGCAUCCGGCAUUACAAACAAUCGCCCUCCAGAUCAUCGCGGACAUCCUCAUCACACACCCCUCGCUCCUGGCCGAACCGCCAAUCGACCCGAACACCACGACCGCAACCGAGCAGCCGCCGAUGGAGAACAUGCUGCAGAAGCAGGUAUUGAAAGCCUUCAGCCGCAGCCUUAAAUCCGAUGACCACGCCGUCCAGUCCACCGGCGCCACCGCGGUGGCGAAAACCAUGCUCUCCCGCCUCAUCACCGACAAGGACCUCCUCAAGCAACUCGUAAUCGCCUAUUUUGACCCCGACACGGCAGGAAAUGCCCACCUCCGGCAAAGCCUGUCCUACUUUCUGCCAGUGUACUGCCACUCCCGCCCCGAGAACGCCGCGCGAAUGGCCGGCAUUGCCACGGGCGUCAUCGGCAAACUUGCCACGUUAAGGGAAGCAAUGCUCGAUGAGGCUGAGGCGGAUAGUGGAGGGGAGGGAGCUGAGGGGGAGAUGGUUAAGUUAAGUGUUGUUGGGACUAUGCUUGUGGAUUGGACGGAUCCGAGGAAGAUUGUUGGGUUUGCGGAGGCGGCGGUGGAGGUGGGGGCUGGUGAGACGCAUUUCUUGCUCGCGGAGGCGGUGUUUGAUCGCUUGAAUACGAGUCAGGUUGGGAAGGAGGAGAGGAAAGUUUUGUUUGGUAUGCUUGGCAAGCUGCAUCUACCGCCAGGAGGCUGCGACGCCGAGCGCAUCAAGGCGGUAUUGACUGGACUGGCAGAGGCGAGCGAUGUGGCCUCUGACCAGACUUCACGCAAUACGCUGGCGAAGAUGCAGGUGAAUUUGCUCAAGAUGAUCCGGGAAGCGGUGACUGCGGAGCGCGAAGUUGAAGAUCCUCAAGAGGAGAACGAAGAUUACACGGUCACGGCGCUCGAGGAUAGCGUGAGGGAUAUUACUCUUGAUGGCAUGGGUAUGCCUGAUGCGGAGGGUACGAGGGUGCAGCUUGGUGGCGAUGCUGACCUCUUGAGUGAGAUGGAGGAGGAGGAUACUAAUGUGUAA